AUGGCGUCCGUCGCCGCAUGGCUGCCGUUCGCGCGCGCCGCGGCCAUCGGCUGGGUUCCCAUCGCCACACACCCCCUACCCCCUCCCCCCGUCCCCAAGGAUCGACGCCGUGCUGAGGACGAGAAACUCCUCAUCAACGUCUCCGCCCCCGUCCCCAAGGAUCGACGCCGUGCUGAGGACGAGAAACUCCUCAUCAACGUCUCCGGUAGACGGUUCGAAACCUGGCGGAACACCCUCGAGAAAUACCCCGACUCCCUCCUUGGUUCCUCGGAACGGGAGUUCUUCUAUGACGAAGACAGCCGGGAGUAUUUCUUCGAUAGAGACCCUGAUAUCUUCAGGCAUAUAUUAAAUUAUUAUAGGACGGGUAAACUGCAUUACCCAAAACACGAGUGCUUAACUGGUUACGAUGAGGAGUUAGCGUUUUUCGGCAUCCUCCCGGACGUUAUAGGUGAUUGUUGCUAUGAGGACUACAGGGACAGAAAGCGUGAGAAUGCUGAACGUCUCAUGGACGAUAAGCUCAGUGAAGCUGGCGACCAGAGCCUGCCCCAGCUCACCGACUUGCGGCAGAAGAUGUGGCGGGCGUUUGAGAACCCGCAUACGUCGACUGCGGCUCUAGUAUUUUACUAUGUUACUGGAUUUUUCAUUGCCGUCUCUGUAAUGGCGAACGUAGUUGAGACCGUACCCUGCGGGCACAGACCGGGCCGCGCGGGCACUCUGCCCUGCGGGGAGAGAUAUAAAAUAGUAUUUUUCUGCUUAGACACAGCUUGCGUGAUGAUAUUCACAGCUGAAUACUUACUGCGACUGUUCGCUGCGCCGGAUCGCUGCAAGUUCGUUCGAUCCGUCAUGUCCAUCAUUGACGUGGUGGCCAUCCUGCCGUACUACAUAGGGCUGGGAAUAACUGACAACGACGAUGUCUCCGGGGCGUUUGUGACCCUGAGGGUGUUUCGAGUGUUCCGGAUCUUCAAGUUUUCCCGGCACUCCCAGGGGCUGAGGAUCCUCGGCUAUACCUUGAAGUCGUGCGCCAGUGAACUUGGCUUCUUGGUGUUUUCCCUGGCGAUGGCUAUCAUCAUAUUCGCAACUGUGAUGUUCUACGCUGAGAAGAACGAACAGGACACGAAUUUCACAUCCAUUCCAGCUGCCUUCUGGUACACCAUUGUGACAAUGACCACACUGGGAUAUGGUGACAUGGUACCAGGCACCAUUGCUGGUAAGAUAGUGGGGGGAGUGUGCUCCCUCUCCGGAGUGCUGGUGAUAGCGCUGCCCGUGCCCGUCAUCGUCUCCAACUUCUCUAGGAUCUAUCACCAGAACCAACGCGCUGAUAAGAGGAAGGCUCAACGGAAAGCCCGCCUCGCCCGCAUUCGCAUUGCCAAGGCGUCUUCAGGUGCUGCAUUUGUAUCCAAGAAGAAAGCGGCCGAGGCCCGCCUCGCCGCCCAAGAGUCGGGCGUGGAGCUGGAUGACGCUGGGCGGGAUGAAGAUAUCUUCGAAUUGCAGCACCACCACUUGCUGCGGUGCUUGGAGCGUACCACGGAUCGCGAAUUUGUCGAGAUGGAGAACCCUUACAAUGGCGCGGUGAAGCGGCCCGGCUCGCCUUCGCCGCUCGCUUCGCCCGCGCACUCCGGCCGCGCGCCCGCUCUGCUCGCGUGCUGCGCGCGCUGUGGGUGCUGCCCACAGAAAUACCAGCAAGCGUGCGGCAAGUACAUCCCAGCUGGGAGCACGGUGCAGGGGAAUCAAACUGGUGUUGCAAUGGACGGUACAUAUCUUGUCGAAGCGUCCUUCUAGGAUCCGUCUACUAGCGCUCAUGUUGAGAGCUAUGUGUAGCACGAGAACUGACCUCUGAGUGACGUUUGCCGCAAUUAUUAGGUUAUGUCUACAGAAUCUAACGUGAUACUGCCCGAUCGAAAUAUCAUAGACAUAUACGUUUGGAUUGAGUUCGUUCCAUUCACAGAGGACAAGGCAAACAGAAUGACGUGACGUAUGUGGAUAACAGAAUCAUAAUGAGCGUUAGUCGUAGGUAGUAAAUUCAAUUAUAGUGUGUGUUUAAGAUAAUAUAAUUUGCGCUAUCUAGGCUUCUUAAAUCUGGUCACGAUCACGUGUUUCUAAUAGAAAUUGGACAGUAUUGAAAUAGUAACUCGCUUGAGAUACGCGUUCGGAAAAGACAGCUUUCAAAUAGUCAAUGAAGUCAAAAAUCAUAUCAUGUUAGGCGAAUAGUUCGAUUCAGAGGAAUUGAGCACUGGGAAUCCUGUUUCGGUUAUAUCAGGAUGCUAGUGCCUUCAGAACUCAUUAAUACAUUAAAACUGUUACUCUGUGUUAGUGAAGUAUAGUUAGAUAUUAGAUAUUCUCUUAUUAAAAUUAUCUCGAUAAUAACGGCGCGUAGCCGUCAAUCUAACUGUUUUCUUAUCUGUGGGUUUCGAUGUGGUGUCAGUUUGACAGAAGUUUUGGCGCGAAUGUGGAGCUGCGUCAAAGAGUGGAAGGAUUGUUGACUGUUUGUUGAUAAGAACUAUUAUAUGCAGUGAUAUUUAAUUUAGUUGUCUUACUCGAUAUUUCAUUUGAGGUUAUUAAUGAUAAGUAAGCGAGAGAACGUGCUCCGCGUAAUUUUUAAAUGUAUUCCUUAUUGGCACGGGCUGUACGGAAAUAAGGAAGUAUAUAAAUAUGUAUUGCCAAGAGAUCUGUAUAUAUUAUUAAAUACGCUGCGUGCCAUGUAUUAAACAUUGAUAUUACGUUACAUUGCAACGCGCAAUGUAUAAAAUAAUAAAACUCUUAUCCAAUGGAUGUUUAAAGUCCUUAGACCCCUAUAAAUAUGUCUUAUGAAAGCUAUAGAUAAUGUUAUGUAUAGAUAGAUGAAUUUAUGUGGUUAUGAUAGAGAUUUAUUUAAUAAUUAAAUGUUAAAUAGCCUUAAGUAUAAAACGUGCGAGUUUGCAUUGAAUGCAUGUUUUGAUUACCUAGGUUAAUUAUAAUUUUUAGUGGUCGUGGGAUCGUUGGUUACUACGAAUCUUAUAUAAAGAAAAUUCAAUACUAAGAACGUUAAUUUCAUCGUAAUUAAGAAUAUUCAAUACUAACGCUCGAAUUCAAAUAUUAUUCCAUUCAAAAGCACUUCUUUUCGAAGCGUUUUAAAGUCCUCAUCUGUUUUAACUCUUUCCAAGUUACUGUUAUUAAGUUUUCCGUAUUUAAGGAAACCUAAUUAUUUAUUUACUAUAUUCGAGUUUUACGUAUAAAAUGUUCUAAAUUACUAAGAAGCACGUGUUUCGUGAUUGAAUCAGGACAUUUUACAAAACUUUAAGGUUUUGCAACGAUCCCACGAUUUAAUCUGUAAACCGAAUUCAGUGUUAAUAAAACUUCUUCCAAUAAUGCCAUUAUAAUUACCUAUUAAUACUUGAGAGUAGACAUUCAAUUUGGUAUAUUAUAAAAUUAAUAAUUGUAUAAGAAUCGAAUAAUAUUAAUUCUCUAAUCCUUUUAUAUCUUCUUUUUUAUUGUAAGUGCAAAUAUCUGGGUAAACUUAUAAUUCUUAAUUGAACAUAUUUACUGUAAAAAGCGCCAGUAAAGGAAACAAUUGAAAUAUUGGCUAGUUAGUAAGUGCGAAUGAGACAGAUUAUCGUUGUGCAAGCGAGACGUCGAGCUAUUAAUUUGAUUGUGUCCUUUAUGGCGCGAACUUCUUCAAACAUCUUAUCUAAAUCUUUUUUUCAAAUUAAAAAUUUUCCCAAUUCCAAUUUUGAAAACGCAACAUAAAAUGUCAGAAUUCGUGUGUAUUAAUAAUCUGUGCCCUGUGAUUCUUAUGGCUGUAGGUGGUAUUUCUAAACGUUUAAAAUAUUUAUUAUCUGUCCAGCAUUUAGAUUCAAUAAUUAUUAGCAAUCUAAUACAUUGUAUCAUGGUAAAUAAUUGUAUCCACCGAUAAUGAAUAAAUUUCAAAUUUAAAUGUACAAGUUUUAUUAUAGCGAUAUUUCACUAUCGCAUGCAUUAAAAAUAACGUUCUUAAACGUUUGUUUUUAGUAUUGGUGUAACAAAUAAAAAAAAAAAACACGAAUCGUCAGUGUUGGUAAACUUUAAUGCAUUUUUAUGUCACAACUAUUAAUAAAAUAAUGUCAAAUUAAUAAACUUCAUGAUAUUUUAAGUGACGAGGCCUAUGUUGUAAAAUACCUUUUAAUUGACAUUUUACACAUAAAUUAAUUAAAUAUCGUAAUGGUGACAAAUAAAUGAACUAUCAUCAUAUACUUUAUUUAUAACUGUAUAUUAAAAAGUCACGAUUUUAUUUAGUUAAUGACUAUUUGAAAUUUA